CUUUGUCAGCUAAUAAGUAUGUAUUUAGAUCGAACUUUUAUGAUGUACAGACAUUAAAAUAAAAAGCGAACCACAGUAAAUUGCAUAAUAAUAUUUUUGAAGAGAGUUCUUAAAAUUAGGAGGGGAAAAUAAAAAAGGUCAUUAAAAUCCAUGAAGGAUAGGUAUAAAUUUCAUCAUUUAGUCAUCAAACAUAUACUAGAAAAUGGGCUAAUCAUAUUAGAGGAGAUUGUGUUAGAUAUUUUAAAUGGCGAUACAAAAAGGUUUGUUAAUAAAAUGAGAAAAUUACAUCAUAUUAUUAAAUUGGAUAUUUCUAAUUGGUUAUCAAAUGGAUUUAUGAAUUUUGAAGUUCCAAAGGUUGGAGUUAUUCAUAUAAAAUCAGUGAUAAAUCUCUGCGGUUUAGGAACUAUUUAAAUAAAGUGA